CGGCUACCCUUUCUGACCCGGCCACACCUGGAACCGCACCCCGGGCAGGGCUGAGGCGCAGAGGGGCGGCCACAGGAGGGACCUGGCCAGGAGGAUCCGCCGGCGAGGCCCGGAGGCGAGGGCGCGGCGGAGCGAGGCGAUGGCGCGGAGCCCGGGCGGCCGGUGCGUCCUGCUGCUGCUGGCGGUGGUCUGCUUGGACUUUGGAAAUGGACUUCACUUAGAGGUUUUCAGCACAAGAAGAGGAGACAAACUGCUCCCUAAGCACACACACUUGGUGCGCCAAAAGCGGGCCUGGAUCACUGCCCCUGUGGCUCUGCGGGAGGGAGAGGACCUUUCCAGAAAGAACCCAAUUGCCAAGAUACAUUCUGACCUUGCGGAAGAACAGGGAAUAAAAAUCACCUAUAAAUACACUGGGAAGGGAAUUACACAGCCACCCUUUGGUAUAUUUGUCUUUGAUAAAAACACAGGAGACCUGAACAUUACCAGCAUUCUUGACCGGGAAGAAACACCGUAUUUUCUGCUGACUGGCUAUGCACUGGACUCUAGAGGAAACAACCUGGAGAAACCCUUAGAACUACGCAUUAAAGUUCUCGACAUCAACGACAACGAGCCAGUGUUCUCGCAGGAUGUCUUUGUUGGGUCUGUUGAAGAACUGAGUGCUGCACAUACACUUGUGAUGAAAAUCGUCGCCACAGAUGCAGAUGAGCCCAAUACCCUGAAUUCUAAAAUCUCCUACAGAAUUGUCUCCCAGGAGCCUGCAAAUAGUCCCAUGUUCUACCUCAAUAAAGACACGGGGGAGAUUUAUACAACCAGUUUUACUUUGGACAGAGAGGAAUACAGCAGCUAUUCCUUGACAGUAGAAGCAAGAGAUGCUGAUGGGCAGAUAACUGAUAAACCAGUACAGCAAGCUCAAGUUCAGAUUCGGAUCUUGGAUGUCAAUGACAAUAUACCUGUGGUGGAAAAUAAAAUGUAUGAAGGGGUGGUAGAGGAAAACCAAGUCAACGUAGAAGUCAUGCGUAUCAAAGUCACCGAUGCAGAUGAAGUAGGCUCCGAUAACUGGUUAGCAAAUUUCACGUUUGCAUCAGGAAAUGAAGGAGGUUAUUUCUACAUUGAGACUGACACACAGACUAAUGAAGGGAUCGUGACCCUUGUCAAGGAAGUCGACUAUGAGGAAAUGAAGAGUCUCAACCUCAGCAUCCUUGUCACUAAUAAAGCAGCUUUCCACAAGUCUGUUAGGAACAAGUUCAAGGCUACGCCCAUCCCCAUCACUGUCAAGGUCAAGAACGUGGUUGAAGGCAUUCAUUUCAAGAGCAGUGUUGUCUCCGUCCGAGCUAGUGAAGCGAUGGAUAGAUCCAGCCUCAGCCGGUCGAUUGGAAAAUUUCAAGUUUUUGAUGAAGACACUGGACAAGCAGCUAAAGUAAAAUAUGCAAAAGUGGAAGAUAUAGACAACUGGGUCUCUGUGGAUUCUGCCACUUCGGAAAUUAAGCUUGUAAAGAUUCCAGAUUUUGAAUCUAGAUAUGUCCAAAAUGGCACCUACACUGUAAAGGUUGUGGCUAUAUCCAGUGAUCAUCCUCAGAAAACCAUCACUGGCACGGUCAUUAUCACUGUUGAAGACGUCAAUGACAAUUGUCCCACACUGGUGGAGCCAGUACAGAGGAUCUGUGAUGAUGCACCAUAUGUGAAUGUCACUGCAGAGGAUCUGGAUGGACCCCAGAACAGUGGGCCAUUCCGUUUCUCCAUCAUUGACAAGCCCUCUGGAACAGCAGAGAAGUGGAAAAUAAUACAUCAAGAAAGGACCAGUGUGCUGCUGCAGCAGAGCGAGCGGAAGCCCGGGAGAAGUGAGAUCCCCUUCCUCAUUUCCGACAGUCAAGGCUUCAGCUGCCCCGAGAGGCAGGUCCUUCAGCUCACGGUGUGCGAGUGCCUGAGGGGCGGUGGCUGUGCAGAAGCCCAGUAUGACAACUACGUUGGCCUGGCCCCCGCGGCAAUCGCUCUCAUGAUUCUGGCCCUCCUGCUCUUGCUGCUUGUGCCGCUCUUGCUGCUGAUAUGCCACUGUGGAGAGGGCGCCAAAGGCUUCACCCCCAUUCCUGGGACCAUAGAGAUGCUGCACCCUUGGAAUAAUGAAGGGGCACCACCUGAGGACAAGGUGGUGCCGUCACUUCUGGUGGCGGAUCAUGCCGAGAAUUCAGCGGUGAGAAACGGGGUAGGAGGUGCAGGAGGCUCGAUGCUCAAGGAAAGCCUGGUGAAAGGCAGCAGCUCGGCGUCCUUUACCAAAGGACAGCAUGAGCUGUCCGAAGUGGAUGCAAGAUGGGAAGAGCACAGAAGCCUCCUUACGGCCGGAGCCACUCACCUUGUAGGGACGGCAGGAGCCAUCGCAGCCAAUGAAACACUGAGGAUGACAAGAGCCACAGGGGCUUCCAGAGACAUGAGUGGGGCUCGGGGAGCUGCUGUGGCAAUGAAUGAGGAAUUCUUGAGGAGUUACUACACAGAGAAAGCGGCCUCCUAUGCUGAGGAAGACGACCUUCACAUGGCCAAAGACUGCCUUCUCGUUUACUCCCAGGAAGAGAUGGACUCCCUCCGAGGCUCCAUUGGCUGCUGCAGCUUUAUCGAAGGAGAGCUUGAUGACCUGUUCUUAGAUGACCUGGGGCUUAAAUUCAAGACACUAGCUGAAGUUUGCCUGGGUCGAAAGAUCAAUUUGGAUGUGGAGGGUGAACAGAGGCAAAAGCCUGUCCGAGAAGCAAGUGUGAACCCAGCUGCGGGCUCACUCUAUGAGCAAACGAUGGUCAACUCAGAGAGCACGUACUCCUCUGGCCAUGGCUUCCAAGUCCCCAAACCUCUGCAUGAAGCACACACAGAGAAAGUCACCCAGGAAAUUGUCACUGAAAGCUCUGUGUCUUCUAGGCAGAGCCAAAAGGUAGUGCCACCACCUCCUGACCCCGUGGCUUCUGGUAAUAUCAUAGUGACAGAAACUUCCUAUGCCACAGGCUCCACAGUGCCGCCCAGCACUGUGAUCCUGGGUCCUAGACAGCCACAGAGCCUUAUUGUGACAGAGAGGGUGUAUGCUCCAGCAUCCACCUUGGUGGAUCAGCAUUAUGCCAAUGAAGAAAAUGUCCUUGUUACUGAACGAGUGAUCCAGCCUAACGGGGGUGUCCCUAAGCCACUCGAGGUCACCCAGCAUCUGAAAGAUUCGCAGUAUGUUAUGGUGAGGGAAAGGGAGAGCAUCCUUGCUCCCAGCUCAGGUGUGCAGCCCACUCUGGUAAUGCCCAGUGUGGCAGCAGGACAGAAUGUCACAGUGACAGAGAGAGUUCUGGCUCCUGCUUCCUCUCUGCAGUCCAGUUACCAGAUCCCCAGCGAAACCUCUCUCAAGGCUAGGAAGACUGUGCUUUCCAGUGUAGGAGGCCUGGGCCCUGUGCCCAGUUUAGAUUUAGAGGAAUCUGGCCAUCCCAAUUCUACUGUAACCACAUCUUCCACCAGGGUCACCAAACACAGCACCGUGCAACAUUCUUACUCCUAAACGGAAGCCAGCUGCCGUCUGACCCGGAGCCUAACUGGCUUCUCUGGAUGUGUGUUUCCAUGCCCCUAACCCAUACAAAGACUUAGGCAGUGAAAGAAGUCACUGCUGUGCCGAGAGGGCCACAGUGUCUCUGGUAGGGCUGUAUUUCAGAAAUGCUCUGAGAUAUUCAGGGGAUGGAUUGAAGAUGCUGUUUCCUAAGUGCCUUUCGUACACUGUGCAAGCAAUACUCACAGGCUAGACAAGUAAAAUCGGCUUCUAGGAACUUGCCAAAUUAAAGCAUGGUUUCUAGUUCAUCUGGUCCAGAAGGAUGGGUCUCUGCACAAUGCAUCGACACCCUGUAGGUACAGUUCCACCCUUUAUAUUACAGAACCUCACAGGUUAUAGGUACCAAAUAGCUCAUCUAACCCAGAGGAGCAUCUCCUCUCUGGGCUUCCACUUGUGUUGCUGGUUCUCUUUAACACUGGAACCCUGAGUAUCACAGGAGGCCAGAAGAAAGAAAAAGAAAAAACCUUGGACCCCUUUUAAUUGUGUAAAUUGUUGGAAUUUUAGAACACUGACAUGAUAAGAAUACAUGUUGUGUAUUUCUCUGCACAUGACAUGUAUCCACACAUGUCCUGUGUGCUUAAAAAAAUGACUUCAUAUUUCUCCUUGUUUCUCAGAGGUCAUAAAGAUAUUAAGGAUUUUAAAUUCAGUUAAAUAAUCCAGGAUAGCCAAGUGUGGUGGCACAUGCCUUUAGUCCCAGCACUUAGGAGGCAGGAGAUCUCUGAGUUUGAGUUCCAGGACACCCAGAGCUACAUAGAGAGACCCUGUCUCAAUAAUAAUAAUAAUAAUAAUAAUAACCCAAGAUAAAAUUCAUACUUAAUUUUCUGUAAUGUGAUAAUAGUCUAUAAAACAAAACCCUCAGCAUAUAUUUGUUUCUUGGCUACAAUUUAGUGCAUUCAGGGGCUGGACAGAUGGCUCGGUGGUUAAGAGCACGUUACUGCUUUUGCCGAGAACCCUACUUUAGUUUCUGAAGUCCAUGUCCUGUGGACAACCACCGAUAAUUCCAACUUGGGGGGGGGGGGGGGUCUGAUGCUCUCUACUGGACAUCAGCGGUAUUGCACGCACACAAUUCAGUGUAGUUAAGCGACCAGCCAUUCACCUGUCAUCCUGAGUGCAGGGCCAAGCCAGUAUCUAUGGGUCAAGCUGACUUCCACAAACCACUCUUUUAUUACAAUUAUUCAAAUGUCAAAAAGACUCUUUUCAUAAUUCUGAAUUAUUAUUUUUACCACUCUGAUGUCUAAACACAAUUGACUGGUUAUGACUUGAUAUACAUGAUAUACAUUUUACCAUAAAAACCUUGAAUAAUUGGAUCAGUUUCACUGAACUUCCCUGCCUUGUUUCUUUAAGGAAGUUGUUGGGAUUGUGCAGCUCAUCAGUGGAAAAUGUCGUAUAAAUAAAAAUUGUUUCUGAAAAAAUGUUUCAAAACCUAUGUGUAUAUCAGUAACAAUUUAUGCUUUACAAAAAAAGAAACUAUUGAAAACAAUCAAAUUUCUCAAUAUUUUCCUAGGAAAAUGGAAAUUCUUCACUUAUGCUUUUUUUUGUUGUUGUUGUUUUGUUUUGUUUUCGAGACAGGGUUUCUCUGUGUAGUUUUGGAGCCUGUCCUGGCUCUCGCUCUGUAGACCAGGCUGGCCUCGAACUCACAGAGAUCCUCCUGGUUCUGCCUCCCGAGUACUGGGAUUAAAGACAGGCACCACCACUGCCCGGCUCACUUACCCUUUUGUAGACAUUUUUAAAAUGAUGUUUACAUGCAUCGCAUUGUGAAAACAUUUAUACCAUGCACCCCACUAUCUGACGUGUGACGUAUUUUACAAAUGGUCUGCUGUGCGGGGUGGAGGCCGACUUAUUUCUACAAUCUAGAGUUGUUUACUUUCUGCAUAGCAAGCUUUGUGGGAUUUCUGUUUUGUUUUGUUUUUAUUGUAAUUGAUGUUUCACCAGGUGUGCAGCAGGAAUCACACUACUGUGUGAGGCUACAAAUACAGCCCAUGUGCUCAAAACACUAAAACUCUGUGGGUAGGUUUGGGGCCCUGCUCCUCCUUUGCACAGGGCGUAGUCACUUGUAUGGUCUUCCUUGUUUCUAAAAGGGUGAUUUGUGUCAGUUUUUACAUUUGUUCCUUGGGAGGAUUGUGUUUGUGUGUCUAUCCAUGUAAAAUAUUUCAAUAAAAAGACUGCCUUCCUUCA